GUUCCAUCCUACAGCCUGGAAAUACUUGAAAACAGAUUUGAGAGCAUUUCGUGACCCAUUAUUUUUUUAAAAAAAUAUUCUUGAAUAACAGAAAAUGCAGCUUCACGAAGGAAGACCGAAACAAAAAAGGCAUCGUUGCCGCAAUCCUAAUAAGCUGGACAUCAAUAGCCUUACUGGGGAAGAACGCGUUCAGCUGAUAAACAGAAGGAAUGCUAGAAAGGUAGGUGGUGCCUUCGCUCCUCCGCUGAAAGACCUCUGCAGAUUCCUGAAAGAAAAUUCUGAAUAUGGUGUAGCUCCUGAAUGGGCAGAUGUUGUUAAACAGUCGGGAUUCCUUCCAGAAAGCAUGUUUGACCGCAUUCUCACGGGACCUGUCGUACGAGAAGAAAUCAGCAGGAGAGGAAGACGGCCCAAAAGCGAAAUCGCCAAGGCAGCGGCUGCGGCUACGUCGGCGGCAAACGUUCCAGUCGCCCCUUUGCUGACCAACGGGCUACUUCCGGGGGUGGAUCUCUCAACCCUGCAGGCCUUACAGCAAAACCUGCAAAACUUUCAGUCGUUACAGGUGACCACGGGUUUAAUGGGAAUAUCUGCCGGUCUGAACACGGCAGGAGACGCGAAAAACAUGGCCGCCGUCUUUCCCAUGUUACUUUCAGGAAUGGCUGGUUUACCAAAUUUGCUCGGCAUGCGAGGACUCCUAACCAAGUCUACUGAGCCUGCUCCCGAGGAGAGGAAAGGGCAGGACCCCAGAGAGCUGGACGGAAAGAAAGAGAGGACAGAAAGCUCACAUGCACAUAAUGGUGGAGAAAACUCCGUCUCCGGUUCUCCUUCGACCUCCUCGGCGGCCAGCACCACGGCCAGCUCCUUAGCUCUUAACCCUUUACUCUUGUCCAAUAUACUUUACCCAGGAAUGCUUCUCACGCCAGGCCUUAAUCUCCAUAUCCCAGCUUUGUCCCAAUCAAAUAUUUUUGAUGUACAUAACAGUGAAAAUCAUGGCACAGGCUUCACCAAGCCUCUGGGAGAAAAGGAAGAAAAUUCCAGGGUUCCGGAUGAAGAAGGCGGCAAGGGGGAAACCGAGCCGAGCUCUCGCAACGGAAACAGCACAGACGAAGCUUCGGAGAAAGCAGACGCUUCUUCCGGCUGUGACAGUACGUCCUCCUCCUCGGAGGAUUCAGACUCCAGCGAUGAAGACUGAUUUCCCCCUUCCCUCCCCCCCCAGACUCUGCACUUAAAUUAUAAACUGGUUUUCAAGUUGUUCUUUCAUUAUUUUGUUGUAAAUAACACAGUGUUUGCGUGAGUGCAUCAGUAAUUUACUGAACCGAACAUUUCAGUAUUGUUUAGAAGUGCAAACUGCUUUAAAAAACAAAACAAAACAUUUUGCAUGUAAUAUUUCUUGAGGUUCUUUUAGUUCCUGAAAAUUCUGUGUGUACUAUCAAAAUAUACACAAUGGUGUAAAAACGAGAAAAAAAAAUUACAGGAAAAAGGCAUUAUAAUUUUGAGUUGGGGGUGGGGAGUAAUUUUUUUAAAAGAAAGCUUAGGAAGAGCUGUAUAUUUAAUAUAUUUGCGGUGAACAGUUCUUUAUGCGCAUUAUUGAUUUAAUCUGAAUAUAGUUUUACAGCCUCCUUGACACUUAUAAUUUACAGAUCAAAACUCAGCAA